AUGGACGGGUCCGAAAAACUGAAGCUUCUUGUCAUCGGAAAAGAAAAGAGACCUCGGGCUUUUAAAGGUGUGAAAGGACUCCCGGUAUUUUACGAGGCAAAUACCAAGGCUUGGAUGACCCAGGCAAUUUUCGAAACCUGGUUGAGGGAGAGAGAUGCAGAGUUCACCAAAAAAGGCAGAAAGGUUGUGUUCAUUGUGGACAAUUGCCCAGCGCAUGGUGAAGUGCGAGACCUGAACUCUAUUCGGCUGAUGUUCCUCCCUGCCAAUGUGACAGCCGUGCUCCAGCCAAUGGACCAAGGCGUUAUUCGAAAUUUAAAAGUGUUUCACCGUCGCCACAUCCUUAGAAGGAUGAUGCUGUAUAUGGAGAGCAACAAAGUGUACACCGUAGACCUCCUUUCUGCCAUCCACAUCUUGGCCCAGUCAUGGGACGAGGUUGCAUCUACAACCAUUCGGCGAUGCUUUGGUCACGCGGGCUUCCUUGAGCAAGUGGAUGCAAGCCAAGAAGGGUCGGAUGCAAGCCAAGAAGAGUCUGACGCCGACAAUGCUGAAGCAGACACUGUUUUUGAUUUGGUGGCCCAGAGGUGCGGCUCUGGCACUGGGACAAUGGAUGAGUACGAAGCUGUUGAUGAUGACGUGGUCACCUGCCGUGAGGAUACUUUAGUUGACAUACUAAAGGAAGUAAAAGAAGGCACAGGUGAUGAAAGUGAGGAGGAGAUGGACAGUGACGACCACCAGAGUGCCCCACUGACUUCAGAGGCAAGCCAGGCAGUAGAACUUCUCCAGCGGUACUUCCAGAAGGAGGGCUGCUUGGAGCAUCUGUGCAAUUUAAACAAGAUGAAUGCGUACUUGGUGAAGCAGUCCCACACCAAGCUGAAGGAAGCCACCUUGCACAGCUUUUUUGGGGGUUGCGACCCUUAA